AUGCGGUACAAGGACUUGACCGGAAAUGACCUUGGUAGAGAACAAGUGAUCGACGUGAACAAUAGUCGUACUGAAGCUCAACUCGAGUUCAUUGAUCAUUAUCUCCAAGGCAAAGGGAAGACCGCACCGCGAUCUAAACCAGUCCCGUCCGGAGAAGACUUUGUCAAGAUGGUUCAUUUCCAUUAUGCAAAAGACACCGCCCGAUAUGAGAACGAGCGACAACGAGUUCAGCAGGCCUUUUUGAUGAUUAUACAUGCCAGUAGCGGGCUCCGCCCCAGCUCCACGACGCGCACUCGUGCAAUACGACUGGCCAGUGAUAAAGAGCAUCGGUCGUCCAACUGCAAUGCGGAAAAUGACAGCGGCGAGGAUGACGGCGAAGACUCAAGCAUGGACGACGCCGUCUCUAAGCUACGCUAUCGAGAUCUGCAGUUGUCCGCCAUACGUACCAAGAGUGGGAUCCGAUACCUGGUCCAGCCAAGAUUUCGUCACUUUAAAGGGGAGACGCGAAGGGCACAACGCAAAAUCUUUCAGUGGCCCGAUCAAGAUGACGUCUUGACUUGCCCUGUAUCGCACCUGGUCGCUCUUGCGCUCGAUGACAACGCAUUCGCUGCAGGCAUCAACUCUGCGUCAGAUUUUUUUAAGAUCGGAAUACCAGAUUGUGACGACAUGUUACCAUUCCCGUGGCGCCGCGAAAUCCUCGACGUUCCGGUCAUGCGACAGACACCCGACUGGAAGGCGCUGGAGCUAAGCAAUGGCGCGACUUUGAAAAGACUCUCAAGCCUCGGGAAAAACAUCUGUGGCUACAAACAAUCCUUGACCUGGUACUGUCUACGUCGUAUGGUAUUGAAUGCGGUCGACGGCAUAGGCUCUGAGGAAGCACGUAAUCAGAUUUCUGGCCACUUGGACAGCCGUACAUACCGAGCACACUACCUGGACCAACACAUCCACAUUGACGUGAUCGCUGCAGUCAAGGGACGUAAGGGUGAGGACGAGAUCAUACGCCAGGCAAAUAGCAUGGGGAUGUUGGCAGACCCAAGAUCCAAUCGCCCGCUGUCAGCAAAGGAUCUUGAAUCAAUUGACAGUCUCCCAGAGGUGGUUGAAGCAAGCAUGGCCUUCCAGACUGCUGCCUCUGCCGUCAAGGAUGAAUACGAGUUCAUCGAGAGCGCUCCUAAAGACGACCCGUUGUACCGGACUUACGAUCAGGCUCGGAAGACUCACCGGGCUCUGAAACAGCGACUCCAACAUCGAUUGCAAGCAGAUCAUCGACAGGCUUACUUUGAGGCUAAAAGCCUCGCAGUGAUAGAAGCGCAGCUUCAUGACGAUGUCCAACGGCCGGUUCUAGAUAUCGAGGAAGAGCACCACCAUAUUCCCGAGCGAGCAUACCUGGCAAGCUUGACAAAAAGUACAGAGGAUAUUCGGGAACAGCCAGUCAGCCAGCGAGCGGCCGCUGUCAACGCUUUGGCUCGCCUCUGCACGUUGGUGGAAGCGAAGCCUACGAAGUCUCGCUCGACGUCACCAGGAAAAGACGGAAUCAAGGCCAGUCUUAAGGAAUUCGAGGUUGAGGAGACUCCCAUUGAGUGCCACAAGCUUCAGUGUCUAUUCUGCAUCGGAGAUGAAAGACUCUCAUUCAAGGAUCAAACACGACGCUUCUGCCGGGAACAGAAGCUGUGGGAUCACACGAGGAACCACCUCGCACCCCUGGCGCAUUUGAGCGAGGUGCGAUGCCCACACCCCCACUGCCGCUCAGGAUCCGUGAAGUUGCAAGGCAUACAGCACCUCAAGAACCACGCACAUGCUGUGCAUGGCAUCAGGUUGCAGAAGGGUUGA